CUAUGACCACCAUCCCAUCCCGUCUCGCCCGCGCGACGAAGGUAAUCAAGACCCCCGAGGAGGCCCGCGCGGCAGUGCUGACGCUCUACCGCGACUGGUACCGCGGUGCCCCGGAAUUCUGCGCUCUCUACACGCUGCACGUCUCGCCGCAGUACGUUCGCCAGCAGAUACGGAGGAGAUUUGAGGAGAACCGGCAUGUUACCGACCUGCGCGUGAUCAACCACCUCUUGCUGCAGGGCAGGCAGGAGUACCAGGAGACCAUGAACUUCUGGAAACAGAAGGACCAUGUGAUGGGCAAGCUGCUGGUACCGAGGGGUCGCCCACCACGGACAUUCUUGCAAAAGUUUUACGAGGGUCGGGACGAGGACCAGGCCCUUCCCGCUGCGACGGGCACGCUUCUGCCUACUCCUUAGAUAAACUAUCAACGUUCAACGUGAACUCUAUUUUGCUCAAGAUUAUUUGUGCAAGAAUUUUAUCAAGUCAGCAUUGCUUCCAGAGAUUUCAUCGUUGUCAUGUGCCGCUAUCGUACUACACUACAGAAGAUUAUCUGAGGAAGUCAAGCUCGUCUUCACUAUUCUCAAUCUCAUCUGGUACGGGGAACAUGGACAUCCGUGGCUUCGGUUUGGGCGCCGCUGCCUUCGCCAGAGCUGGGUUCUUCGCGCUGCUCGUCUUCCUAUUCUCCUUCAACCGGCUGGAAGAGGAUUUCAGUCGCUUCGCAUUCCCACUGCCGUGAUCAUCGUCCGCUGUCGCCUUCCGUCGUUUCGCCGGUCUAACCUCGUCUGCCUCAGAGAGAUCUUCCGCGGGGGCUGGAGAUGAGUGGUCUUCUCGUUCUUUGCGUUUGGCUAAUGCCUUGGAGCGACUCUUCCCCUUCGUCGAGGCAUCCGUUGCUGAAGGCACAUCGCCCGUAGGUCCCUCCGGAGCCUUCACCGCGCCUUUCUUUUGUCUCUUCGGUGCGACCUCACCUAUUCGUCCUUCCGCCUCUACCACUGUAGAGAGCUUAGUCCGGCUGGAGGAACCUAUCUGCGCGUCGUCCACAAUAUCGUCGGCCAGUUUCACCGAGGCCUUAGCUGUCGCUUUCUUGGAGGCCCUUGACUGCGAGGAAGGCUUUUUACGCCCCUUAGUAGGUAACUCGUCUUCUUGUGCGAUUGUAGGAAGCUUUGAGGAACCUGCUUGCCCAUCAUGUGCAGCUUGAAGAGGGAGAUCCGCGCUCCUAGCUGAGGGCAUCUUCCCGGACGUAGGCGCUACGCGACUGGCACGAGCAUCGGUGGUCGGCAACUGAACCUUGCUGCUCUGCGCCGCCUCCCGAGUCUUUGUCUUCGCUUUCAGAGUCGCCAUGAUAGGCACGUCGUCGUCAUCGUCGGAUUCUGAGUCGGGCGGGAUGUACAGCUUUGGCCGCUUGUGCCUGGAUGGCGCAGAGAGCUCGUCCGCUGCCCCGUUAGCCACGGGCCCCUCACUUCCCGCGGGUCGUUUCAUACCAGACCUGUUGGACGCCACAUCGCGGUUGGCUCCACCACGGGUAUCUCUGUUUCCCCCGGCAGUGCUCGGAACAGUGGGGCGGGUGUCGCCUGCCGUCUUUCCAGCUCGGUUGCUGGAUGGCUUUGGCACCGAGGCAGACGGUCCAACGCCAGUGUUCGCCUUCUCGUUACG